CCUUUCUGGGGCCUUCAUUGUUCAACACUUCGUACGUCGUCCUAAUGGCACUUCUUCCACAGAAGUAGUAUAAACGCAAGAGUUACAAAAUGGCUACUGUCGCCACACAGAGCAUGGCUGCUGUUCCUAUGCCCAAGUUCAGGCCCAUCAUCGAACAUGUUACGACACCACAAACAGCAGCAGCCGCGGACUUCGAUCCUAAGAAGCAUCUCAACUUCUCUCCUCCUAGCGAGGUGGUGAUGAUGAAGGACCUCGGCUAUGCCGAUGAUUGCGGUGUUUCUCCAGUCGCUGUCUCUCAGCCAUUCCCUCUUUUCUCUCAAGAGGCCAUCCGCCGCAUGCGUUCGGAGAUAAUGAAGCCGGAGGUCUUGGAUAAAUGCACAUACCGUAGCAACAUUGCUGCCUCGCAGCUCAGGGGCUACGCACCCAAGUACGCUCCCUUUACCUACGACGCCUGGAGCAACCCAGACACUCUUUCGAUCAUCUCGAAGAUUGCUGGCGUUGACCUCGUCCCUCAGUUCGACUACGAGAUCGGCCACAUCAACUUCUCGGUGAAGAGCGACGAGGAGACCAAUGCUGAGAUUGGUAUGAUCAACAAACAGAAGGAGUUCUUUGCGGACGAUGAAGGCAUCGCGGGAUGCCCCUGGGAGGACGACAAGCCGGUGGUUGGAUGGCACAACGACAGCUACCCCUUUGUCUGCGUGCUGAUGUUGAGUGAUUGCACCAACAUGGUCGGCGGAGAGACCGCACUGCGAACUGGCAACGGGGACAUCCUCAAGGUCCGCGGACCACAGAUGGGUUGCGCAGUCGUCCUACAGGGUCGAUACAUCACCCACCAAGCUCUUCGUGCGUUGGGUGCUAAAGAACGCAUCACUUCGGUCACUUCUUUCCGGCCUAAAUCUGCGCUCGUUCGUGACGACACGGAGCUUAGGACAGUUCGUCCGAUAUCCGAUCUCUCGAGGCUCUACUACGACUUCGCAGAGUAUCGUCUCGAGAAUCUUGAGGAGCGAACCCGUGUACGCCUCAAAGAGCUUCGCGAGCGCCGUCGCGCCGGCAAGAAGAUCGAUACUGUCGCUCUAAAGAAGUGGAUGACGGAGCAGUUGGCCUUCUUGGAGCACACCAACGGAGAGAUCGUUGAAGAGGACAAGGUCAUGACCGGGUACAUCGACGAGAUCCCCGACGAGCCAGUCGAGGAGACGGCCGAGCGGCCGACAAAACGCGCUCGUGUUGAGUAGCGGCAAGCAUGGGUGGUCUAACCUUGUAUGAUGGUGCUGUAGAGAUAUGACGCCUAGACAAUCAGUACUGGCGAUGUCUCUAAAUUGAUCAUGAUUUUUGCAUGCGAUUGGCGAGCGAUACUGGAGAGAUUGCUUGGGUGCUCUACUGAUUUAUCGAGAGACGCUUG